UUGUGGCAGACGUGGUCGGGCACUGGUGACGGUGUGGCAGCCUGCGGUGCCGGCGAUGGCGCUGUGGUAGUGUGGCGUGGCGGCUGCGCGGCACCUUUGCGCGUUUUACGCGCGCAUCGCAGCGAAGUUUGCUCAGUUGAUUGGCCUCGUGCGCAUCUGCUGAGUGCUAGCUGGGAUACCACAGUUAAAUUGUGGGAUCCUGAAUCAGAGGCGUGUCUCAGCACGUUCUCGGGCCACUCGCAGCUCGUAUACACCGCGGCUUUCUCUCCACACUCGCCGGCGACAUUUGCCUCGGUGUCCGGCGAUGGACAUCUCAAACUCUGGACGUGUACGGAACCGGCGAGACCGGCUGCUGCCGUGAAAGCGCAUGAUGCUGAGGUCCUGUCGUGUGAUUGGAGCAGAACGGAGAGUCAUGCCUUGGCCACGGCGGGAUCUGACGGCUUGAUUAGAGGCUGGGACCUUAGAAGACUGACUACACCGAUGUUCACACUCAAAGGUUGCGAGUGUGCAGUAAGAAGGGUUCAAUUCUCUCCGCACGCGCCUUCAGUUAUAGCGGCCGUGUCAUAUGAUUUUACGACGAGAAUUUGGGACUUGAAGCGUGGCUGUGAGCCAUUGGAGACGAUUCGGCAUCAUUCUGAGUUCACGUACGGACUAGACUGGAAUGCGUUGAGGCCACAUCAGAUAGCCGACUGCGGGUGGGAUUCGCUGGUACACGUGUUCAUUCCCCGGUCGCUAGCCUGA